CUUCAUAAUUUAUACAAGAGAUUUAAAAAAAAUUUAACGUGUUAUUAUAAGUUUACACUAAUUUAUACACAAUUAACUUACAUGUUCAAAUAAUAUUUCAAUCGACUUUUAAUAAUUAGUAAAUUAAUUAAAAUAAUCAACAAAUAUUAUUAUUUAUAUAUAAAUUCUUUCAUUAAUCAUGAUUUGCCCUAAUAAAAUGAGAUAUGUGUAGUUUAGAGCAAGGUUCUUUACAAUAUAAAUAAUACGAUGCUUGAAUAUGCCUAAACUAAUUGAACUAACUAUCGAAAUAGAAGUGCAAAAAGUAUCCUGUCCUGGAGUGUGGCUUUGUCAAGAUGGCCGUGUAUCACUCACUGUAUUCGCCCUGGGCACAAGUUAUCACACUUGUUUACUACCGCCAGUCUUUCCUCUCUCCUUUAAGGACAUAUUUUACUUUCGCAAGAGAUUUCAAGAGAGCUGUGCUCUUAACAACAUUUGCUGUUUGUUGAAGGGUGAAACAAUAUACUGUGAACUAGUGCAAUGGUGUGAUGAUUGUUCUGCUGAUGACUGUGUUAUAUUAGCUCAAUAUCUUGGCGCUUUGAAUGAUGUUCUUUUCCCACCGAACAUGUGUUCAGCAGAUGGUGUUGAUCUCCUAAUGAGGAGGUCAAAGGACUUUCCUGGUAUUCUAUCUCCAAAAAUUGAGAUAGCAACAAAAGUCCGCAUAGAUGAAAUAUGGAAUCAACAUGACAAUAUGUUCAACAAAAGCAAACCAUGUCAUUGCAAUCCACUGACAGAUGUUGAGAAAACUCGACAGAAGCAAGUGUGUCACUCUGCACAAUACCACAGAACUAAAUGCAAUAAGACAAGAAGAUCUCGAUCCAGAUCGCGGUCUGAUGGAUCCCGAUCAUGUUGUAGUCUGGAUCCCAGAGACACGGUCACAUCAUUGUGUCGUUGCCCAAAUCCCGUGUCCAAAUCCCGCGUAUCGUUGUCGCCGAGUGCGUUACGUCCCUCUCGCCGUGAGUACGCGGUGUACGCACUCACUACCAGUAAAACUGGCCGGAAAGAAACUGACGCCCAAGAUUGUAACCUGUUUGUUGAUAAACGAAUCAGUGAACGUGAAAUAGAAACAUCAGAAACAGCAAACGACGAAAGACUACAAAAGUUGAUACUUGAAAGUCGAUUUAUUGAGCAAGAAAACGUUAACAGCCACGUCACUCCAAACCACAAUAAGCAAUACACGAAAGUGACUCCCUGUGUUUGUGAAAUUUGCAAGAGAUAUCAUGAACUAUUCCACAGCAACACAGAUAGAUUUUAACUCUUCUUUUUUACU